AUGGUUAUGGUUUGUUUAAUGGAAAGAAUUAAAGUUAAAACAGAAAAAGGAAUUCAAGAAUUAGAAGAGUUUAAAGCAUAUUUUAGUUCGAAAACUUAUAAAAAUUAUGAAUCAUCAAAUGAAGAAGAAAUAGUAACAAAAUGUAUGACAAAAAUUUUAGAUGAUAUAGAAAAGUUUACCCAAAAUGGAAGCGGGUGGUAUUUUAAAGAAGUUUUAAAGCUUGAAGUUAAUACUAUUAAGUUUAAUCCAACCAAAGGAUCAUCUUAUAUUGAUCUUCCUUCUUGGAUAAAAAAUAAAAAAGCAAUUGUUAACAUUAAAAAUAAAGAUGAUAAAUGCUUUCUUUGGUGUAUACUCAGGUAUCUUCAUCCAAGAGAUAGAGAUGAAGAAAGAAUAAACGAUUUAAAAAAGUAUGAGUUUUCACUUAACACUAAAGGAAUUACUUUUCCAAUAAAAUUAAAUAAUAUUACUCAAUUUGAGAAACUUAAUCCAGAUAUUCCAGGAAUAAAUGUUUUUUCUGAAGAUGGUAAAAUGAUUAUUUAUCCUUUGAGAGAGGCAAAUAGAGAUUGUAAAAAUACUAUUGAUUUAUUUUUGUAUGAAGAAGAUGGUGUCUCACAUUAUACUCUUAUUAAAAAUUUUCAUAGGUUAAUAAGGUCUCAAAAAACUGUAAGUAGUAAUGGUAAAAUAUUUAUUUGUAGGAGAUGUUUUACUCAUUACACUAAAGAAGAAUUAUUAGAAAAACAUAUUAGAUAUUGUUCAAAUAAUGCAACAGCGAUGUAAAAAUGCCAGAACCAAACACAAUGUUAUACUUUAAAAAUUAUCACAAAAAACUUCCUGUUCCUUUUGUAGUUUAUGCAGAUUUUGAAUGCUUUACUAAACCAAUGAAUAGUUGCAGUCCUAAUCCAAAAGACUCUUAUAAUUACAACUAUCAAAAACAUGAACCAUCAGGAUUUUGUUUUUAUAUUAAAGGAAUAGUUGAUAAAAAAAUUAAACCAAUCAUUUAUACAAAAACCUCCGAAGAUGAAGAUAUAUCAAAAGUAUUUGUGGAAAAACUUACAGAAGUAACUAAAGGAAUUUAUAAUGAUUUUUAUCAAAGAGCAAAACCUCUUAUACUAACUAAUGUAGAACAAAAAUCAUUUGAUGCUGAAGUUAACUGUCAUAUUUGUGGUGGUGAAUUAAAAGAGGAUAAAGUUAGAGAUCAUUGUCAUUUUACAGGUCAGUAUCGUGGAGCAGCGCAUAACAAAUGUAAUCUUAUGUGUCGUAAACCAAAAUUAUUACCAGUUAUAUUUCACAAUCUUCAAGGAUAUGACGCACAUUUGUUUAUAAAACAACUUGCUAGAUUAGAAGGAAAAAUAAAUUGUAUUCCAUCUACGGAAGAAAAAUAUAUUUCAUUUUCAAAAAGUAUUAAAGUUGAUGAGUAUUAUUCUUAUAAAUUUGAUAAAAUGAUAGAUGUAAAUUUUGAAAUACGAUUUUUAGAUUCAUUCAAGUUUCUUCAAACAUCACUUGCCAAUCUUGUUUCAAAUUUAUCAGCAGAUGAUUUUCAUAAUACAAAACAUGUAUUCAAGAAAAAUGUAGAUUUACUAACUCGUAAGGGAGUUUAUCCUUAUGAUUAUGUUUCAUCACUUGAUGUAUUAUCAGAAACAUGUUUACCACCCAAAGAGGAAUUCUAUUCAAAACUAAAUGACGAAGAUACUAGUGAUGAUGAUUACAAACAUUCAAUUAAAGUAUGGAAUACUUUUGGAUGUAACACAAUAAGAGAUUAUCACGAUCUUUAUCUGAAAUCUGAUGUCCUACUUCUGUCAGAUGUAUUUGAAAACUUUAGGAAAACUUGUCUCAAUCAUUACAAACUUGAUCCAGUUCACUAUUACACAUCUCCAGGUCUAGCUUGGGAUGCAUGUCUAAAAGAAACAGGUCAGCAUUUACAAUUAUUAAAUGAUUAUGAUACGUUAAUGAUGAUUGAGCGUGGUAUUCGUGGUGGAAUAACACAUAUAUCAAAGCGAUAUGCAGAAGCAAAUAAUAAAUACAUGGAAGAUUAUAAUCCUGAUGUGGAGUCUUCAUUUAUUCAAUAUCUCGACGCAAACAAUCUUUAUGGAUGGGCGAUGACUCAAAAUCUUCCAACACAUGGAUUUAAAUGGAUGGAAAAUAUAACAAAAGAAAAGGUAAUGGAUAUUCUUGAGAAAGCAAAUCAUAGUAUGUCAAAUCUUGGGAGUAAAGGUUAUAUAUUUGAAGUUGAUUUAGAGUAUCCACCUCACCUAUGGGAAACACAUAAUGACUAUCCUCUUGCACCUGAGCGGAUGAUUGUUAAUGGUGUUGAAAAAUUAAUUUGUCAUUUUAAACCCCGAAAAAAUUAUGUUGUGCAUUACCGAAAUCUUAGACAGUAUCUUGAGUUGGGAAUGAGAAUAACUGCUGUUCAUAGAGGAAUAUCAUUUUAUCAAAGUUCUUGGAUGGAACCAUAUAUCCGAAAAAAUACAGAACUAAGAAAGAGUGCUUCAAACAAUUUUGAAAAAGACUUUUUCAAAUUAAUGAAUAACUCAGUUUUUGGAAAAACAAUAGAAAAUAUAAGGAAAAGGCAAAAUAUAGAACUUGUGAAUAAUCGUGAGAGAGCUGCCAAACUAGCAAAUCGCCCAAACUUUGAUAGAUGUACAAUAUUUGAUCGCAAUCUUAUUGCUAUUCAUAUGCUAAAUACUGAAGUGUAUUUUAAUAAACCAGUAUAUGUUGGUCAAGCAAUUUUAGAUUUAUCAAAAACACUAAUGUUUAAUUUUCAUUACACUUACAUACGAGAGAAAUAUGGAAACAAGGCUGAGUCAUUGUUUACAGAUACGGAUUCAUUGAUGUAUCAAAUUAAAACAAAAGAUUUUUAUAAAGAUAUAAGUCCUGAUAUUUUAACCAAGUUUGACACUUCAGAUUAUCCUUCAAAUCAUAAAUCUGGAAUACUAACAGGAGCUAAUAAAAAAGUGAUUGGAAUGUUUAAAGAUGAAGUUGCAGGAAAACAGAUAACACAUUUUGUUGGAUUGCGUCCCAAACUUUAUAGUUUUAAAAUUGAAGAGGAUAGGGAAGUAAGAAAGUGUAAAGGAAUAAAGAAAAAUAUUAUAAAAAAGAAAAUAGAUUUUGAUGAUUAUGUUAAAUGUUUAUUUUCAGGUGAGAAAGAAAUGAGAAAUAAUAAGAAGUGAAAAACAUGAUAUAUAUUCAAAGGAAGUAAAUAAAGUAGCGUUAAGUAAUGAAGAUGAUAAGCGCAUUGUUUUAGAGGAUAAAGUGCAUACUUUGGCUUUUAGAUAAAAAAAAUUAUUUAAAAGUAAAUAAAGUAUUAAAUAAUAAAUGUCUUAUACAGAAGAAGAAAUAAAAAAAUAUUUAGCUAUACUUCAUAAUUAUAAAAAACCUAAUCAGAAAUUUAGUAAAAAAGCACAAUGUUCAAAUUGUAAAAAUACUGAAUUUUUUACAAUAGAUUCUGGCUACAAAAUUUGUGAUGAAUGUGGUACAGCAAACGGUCAUGUAUUAGGAUUAUUUGAUGUAAAAGAUUUGGAUAGGUUGCAUUAUAGAAAAAAGAGUAUUUAUCAUAGGAAAUACCACUAUGAGAAAAAGGUAAAUGAAAUUUCUAAAAAAAUAAACCUAAAUGAUGAAGAAAAAUGUGAACUUUACGAUAAACUUAAAAAAAUAGAUAAUCAUAUCAUGGAAAUACUAAACAAACAAUACUUCAGAAAGAGAAUGAUAAAUAUUAAUUAUUUAACCGAAAAAAAUUUGGAGGAGAGGGGAUGUGAAAAGUAUAAACUUAUUGUACUUAAGAUUAGUCCCCAAACUUUAGAGAUUUAUGAAAAGUGGUGGAAUUGUUAUAAGGAUUUAAAGAACCAAAAGUAGAUGAUAAUAGAUAUAAUCUUAAUUUAGAAGAAAUGGAUAAAAGUAAAAGAAAUAGCUAGAAAAUAUUUAAAUGAUGGUUAUGACUCAAUUCAUUUACUAAGUUUAGUUGGAAAAUAAUUUUAUAUUAAAUUUUUAAUAUAAAAUAUUUAACUUAUUCCUUUAUGAAAAAUCCAGUAAAUUAUUCCUGUUAGGUAACCAAGUACUUCACUAUUUAUUGGAGAAUCAAAUGCAUAUACACAUCCUCUUCCAAGUUUGUAAUGUUUGUAAAAAGAUUUAAAAUCCGCGUAAAACAUUAAAUGAUUAUUUAGUACAGGAUUACUAGAUUUAAUAGAUCUAUUUUCUAAUUUAUAAAUUAUUUUUUCUAUAAAUAUAUUUUUUUUAAAAGUAGUUUCGUAUAAGAAUCUGUAAAUUAGUGAUGACUUUAUAAGAUUUUCAGAAUAGGGAAGAUGUUUUUACAUGGGGUAAUAAUAAUUAACAUAAUGAACUAUUGUGUUUAUCAUUUUAUUAAUAUUUACAUUAUAUUUAAAUUGAAAUUUAAAAAUUAGAAAAGUAAGUAAUUAGAAUGCUUAUUGAAAUCAAUCCUAGAUCAUUGUUAAAUUUAGAAAAUAUUUGUGAGGUGUUAUACAAACUUCAUCCAUCAGUUUUAAAUGACUUGAUUGAAAUGGAAAGAUCUUUGGGAAAAAUACUUGGUAUUAUAGAUUUAGAUAAUUUAUCAUUGGAAGAAAGAGAAUUCUUAGCUAAUAAUGCUAAAGAAGUAGAUUUUUCAAAGGAACCUGUAAAAACUGAGGAACCAAAAACACAAGAAGAAUUUUAUAAAAUGUUAGAAUCUAAAGCUAUUCGGAAGAUGAAAGAAAAUGAAAAUGCUUGUCGUUUUCACAAUCUAAGAAAAUAUAUUCAACUAGAUACUGAUGAAUAUAUUCCUAUGAAGAUAUAUGUUGAAGUUGAAGAUCCUAUAAUAGGAAAAAAAGUAAAAGAAUUGGUUGAAGCACUUGAAAAAACUAGAGCUCCAGAACAGUUUUAUUUGCAUAAAAAAGAAGCAGAUGAAGAUGCUUAUUUUGCUGAAGGUUAUGGUCUUACAAUGAAUGAGGAACAAAAAAAAAAAUUUAAUGAUUUUUUUUGGGGUGAGGAUGUUGAAGGUCUUGAAGAACUUUUAAGAAAGGAAAAGUUAUAUCCUUAA